UAUCGAUAACUCACCAGAUCUGGCCACCAUCUGAAAUACCCGCACUUAAAAUACAAUUGUUUUUUCAUAAUAAUUGCAAAUCAGCAUAUAUCAAAAAUGAAUAAGGACAACUCCAGCAUGCAAAUGGAUCCCCAGCUGGCUCUUCGCCUUUUGGCCGACGGCGGAGUCCUGGUUAUCGCCGGUGUGCCGGAGGGUACGGAAUUCGGCAUUGAUCUUUGUGCCUACACCAUUGGUCCAGAUUUUCGAGGUGUCAAGAUGAUUCCUCCAGGAGUCCAUUACGUGUGGUGUGCAUCACGUGGUCCUUACGGUGAUGCAGCUCCUCGUGUUGGCUUUGUACAUUUUUUCCAUCCCAACGAGAUUUUGGUACGGGAAUGGGACCAUGAACUGGAGGAACUGCGACCGCGCCGAAUUGCCGAACCAGAUGUGGAGCGUGAUCGAAUCCGCAAGAACCUGGCUCAACUGGAAAGAAUGCUCGCACCCUACGACUACCGAUACAUAAUCCAGUGGAAAGAGCUCACCGGCAGUGUCACGGAACCAUGCGUAGGCCGAUGUCGUCCGACGGAGGGAACUAUUCGCACCAAUAUCGAACUGCAAUCCUGCCCAGAUUCAGAGCGUCCACGCGGAAGUACGGGAUCAACCAGCAUCAGCCGGCGAAAUGCUGCCGCCCGCCUACUGCUGGAUGAAAGUGAACUACUGCCGGACCUUAAACCCGUGGAGGGAACAGCUCCACGCUUUAGCAAAGUCCCACAGCGUGUUCCUCAGGAUGCACUGCCCGCCGAUGUCUCCCGACAUGCAAUGGAUUGCAUAGAAGCUGUUGACACGCUGCUAGAAGGCUUCGAGAAUGCCGACGGGCUUAUUGAAGAACUGCAGUUGGCCUACGUUUUUUUUCUAGUGGGCUACUCGGUGGAGUCUCUGGCCCACUGGCGUAAGCUUCUAGGUUUGCUGGCUCACUCAGAAUCUGCUGUGACCAAACACAAAUUGGUGUACAUGAAGUACAGCGAGGUUCUGGCCCACCAGCUGCCCCAUUUGCCAGAGGAACUAAUGAUACCCAGUCCGCACAAUACCGUAUACAAAGACGUACGGGAACUGCUGGUAAAUCUGCAUGUGGGCGGUUUAAGCGUCAGUGCCGAGCGGCUCACCAAGCGACUGGAGAAAAAACUGGGCUGGGUCUUUGAGGGUCUACUGGACGAGAACCCCGAGGACCAACCCGUGGUUAUAGAGCUUCCGGAGCCCUAGGGUUGCAGCCCUACACAUGAUAACUCGCAGUGAGUGCUGGGUUCGCAAAUAGUUCCACAGAUCCCUGGCUGUACGGAUGCUGACCAUAAACUGGCACAACUUGGUCUCAAUCAGGC